AUGAACGAAUCAGUAUCAGCAACACCACCAACUAAACUUGAUAUUAUAACAGAUAGUGUUUAUACAACAGAUGCAACAACACAACAUAUGCGUUCAGUUACAACAAAUACAGCUAAUGUCAAUACACCACGUACACCAACGGAUGUAAGACAUUAUCAUUCACCAAUGAUACGAACAGCAAGUAUUGAUAAUUCAAAUAAUGCAUCAAAAUCUAUGACAAUCGUUGUUCAAAAUCCAUUUGAAGAUUCUAUACGACAUAUCGAAGAUCCGUCUAAUGAUCCAUCGGGUGCGACUAAAUACCUUCUUCAUUCUCCAUCACCUUCAAAACAACAUAAUAUAGUUAAUGUACAGUCACCCCGUACAAUAUCUCGAACACCAACACCUGGUACACCACAUCAAACACCUGAUGAUGUAUCAAUGCCAUCACCAUCAAUGUCAACAAAUUUACAACGUCAUCCUUCUCAACAAACACGUCCACCACUUUCAACACAAACAUCAAAUAAUGGUACAUUAACAAAUAUUUCAACUGCCCGUAAUAUUGUUCCACAACAAAGUCAAUCACUUCAACAUCAUGUUCGAUUUAAUCAAGAUUUAUUAAAUAAUUAUGGUAUUAAUGUUCCAAUGACAAGACAAACAUCACAACCAGGUACAACUGAACCAUCACCACCACCAUCAAAUUCACCAUCAGUUACAUCAUUAAUUCCAUUACCAUCACCAUUACCAAAUAAUUUAGGUGUUAAUAUGCAUCAUAUGAAUCAAGCAUCGAUAACACCAACUAUACUUGGAGGAUUUCCUAUUCAUCAAUCAUCUUCUCAAGUAACAGGUACAAAUAAUAGUUUUAUAUCUCCACAACAAACAAAUGUACAAAAUAAAUCAGAUAAUCAUCAUAAUAUGUCAUCGCAUGGGUCACAUCAUCCAUUACCAUCUUCAACUCAUCAUACACCAACUGGUAUUUAUGUUAAUACUCGUCAAAUGCUUUCAUCCCCAGUAACAACCAUUACUGGAAUAGGUAAAGUUAAACAACAACAAUUACCACCUCCUCCACCACCACCACAACAACAACCACAAUCAAUAAGACCUGGUAUACCAACAAAUGGAACACCAACUGGUCCAUCUACUGUAGUUUUACGUUAUCCACCAAUGAUACAAACACCACAACCGCAACAACAUGCUUAUCAAAUGAUGAAACCACGAAUGAUACCACCAAAUGCAUUUGGAUCACGUGGAGCACCUCCACCACCGCCGCCACCACCACCACCGCCACCUCCUCAAUUAAUUAUGCAACCGACAACUAUGCAACAACAAGCACCGAUUAUUUAUGAUCCUAAUACUCUCUAUCGAACAUCUGGACAACAACCACCACCACCACCACCACCACAAGUACAACAAUCGAUAAAUUCACUUCAAGCAAAUCCACAUAUGAAUGAUAGUCUUAUUAAUCAACAAAAACAUCCACAUCAACAAUCCAUACCACAACAAGUUCUUCAUUUACCAUCUGGUAUGCUUACUACGGAUGAUAAUAUUCUUAAAUCUUUAUUACAAAUUAAUCCACAAGCUAAUUCAGAAGAAAUUGCUGCUACUGUUGCAAUAAAAGCACGAACUAAUAAUACUAUGUCAAAUGGUAUCUCGACCGAUAGUAAUGAUCCAUAUGAUAAUUCUCAAAUGAAUAUUCAUGAUAAUUUAACACAUAAUUAUCCUAAUAGUCAUCAUCAUUUAUAUAAUCCAUCUCUUAAUACUCAAUCACAUCCAAAUCCAACAGGAUCAACAGUACCAAAUGUUAAAAUUCCAAAAUCACGUAAAAAACGUAAACCUAAUGAAUUAAAUACAUCAUUUGAAGAUGAUGUACCAACAAAAGCACGAAAACGUAAAAAAAAAGGUACAGAAGAAACAGAAAAAUUUGUUGAACAUUCAUUACAACAAUUACGAGAUUUACCUAUGUUAACACCACUUGAACCAUCUAUUGAUAUUAAUAAUGACUUAUCAUUAUCUUUACCAUUUGAUAUACCUGAUAAAAAAUAUCAAAAUCAAGGUGAAUUUGGUAAUGUUUUUAUUGAAAAUAUUCCUGAUCAUUAUCGACCAUAUCGAAAACCACCUGUAAAACCAAUAUCUUCAAGAAUGUAUUCAAAUUCAUUAUCAAUGCUUGAACGCCGUUAUCGUUUAUGUUCAACAUUACUUGAUCAUCCUCCAAGUUUACCAUCACCACCAUUAGCUAUUGAUUCCAAUGAUAAACUAUCCGACUUAUUAUUAAAAGUACAAACUAAUGAUAUACGUGAUGAUGAAAGUAUUAUAUCAACAUCAACAUUAGCUGAUGAUGAUCAUAUUAUAAAUAAUAUUGAAACAGAAAAUAUACAAUUACUUAAAACAUUAUCAUCAAAUAAUGAUCUAAGAUCUUUAAGUCCUGUAUUAAUAUCUAACGAUAUAUUAACAACAAAGAACAGUGAAUCAUUAUUAGCACCAUCAUCAUUGUCAUCAGCAACAUCAACAGUAGAUAUUAAAAAAGAGAUUAAUGAUACAACCGCAACAAGUGCACCACCAGGUGGAAAUGAACUCGAGAAAAAAGAUCGACCAAUUGUUGAAGGAACUGAUAAGGUAUCAGUUACAUUAACAUUAACAACUGAAGCAGCAAAUAAUGUUCAAAGUGUUAUAGCUGCUGUUGCUGAUUUACUCAAAAUAGCAUAUCCAUCAACAUUUGAUGUUCAUCAAACAUUAAAUAAUAAUUCCAAUGUUCAUUAUUCAUCAUCAUUUGAUCCAAAUUGUUUAUGUUCAACAACAUUAAAUAAUAAUAAUUCAAAUAAUUUUUUAUCAUCAUCAUCAACAAUUCCUCAAAUAUCAACAAUAAGUCGUUCAUCAUCAACAUAUAAAAUCGGUCGAGAAACAAGUGUUAGUAUUCAAUCAUUAAUUGAAAUGCAACCAAAAUAUUGUCGUAAUUGUACACAACGUUUAACAUCAGAUACAAUAUUUAAAAAACGUUUAACUGAAUUACCAGCAGCUAUUAGAGAAUUAAUACCAAAUUCAGAACCAUUUGUUUAUUUUUGUAAUGAACAAUGUUUUAAUACUUGUUUAUCAAAUACACAUAAUCAACAACAAACAUUAAGUAUAAAUACAUCAAUUAAUAAUUCACCUACAAUUAAAAACGAACCUAUGGAUACAACAACAAUAACAUCACCACCAUGUACACCUAAUGAUUUAAAUGGUUCACCCAAUGGACGAUCAAGACGUUUAUCACUUAAACGGCGACAAGAUACUCUUAAUAAAUCAAAUGGUGAUAAACGAUGGAAAGAUAUACGAUGGAAGCGAUGGGAUCCAAGUGUUACAUUAAAAACUAUUAUACGACCAUCAAAUACACAUGACAUUGAACAAUUGAUUUCGGAUAUGAAAAUACCAUUAUCACAAAAUGCUAAACAAGAUAAACGUAUUUGUGCAUUUUGUAAUGGUGUUGGUGAUAUGAUAACAAAUGGACCUGGAAGAUUACUUAAUCUUGAUGUUGGUCAGUGGUGUCAUUUGAAUUGUGCUUUAUGGUCAACAGAAGUCUAUGAGACAGUUAGUGGUGCAUUAAUGUGUGUUGAACAAGCAUAUAAACGUUCAAUUAAUACAGAAUGUGCAUCAUGUAAACAAAAAGGUGCCAGUUUAACAUGUUUUUUUCAACGUUGUCCAAAUACAUAUCAUUUUCCAUGUGCUGUUAAUAAUGGUUGUGUUUUUUAUAAAAAUAAAACAAUUAUGUGUCCAGUUCAUGCUUCACGAACUACAGCUAUUGAUCAAAUACUUGAAGAUAAAUCUGUCUUUCGUAAAGUUUGGAUCAAUAGAGAUGAAGUUAAGCAAAUUCAAAACUACAUGACUGAAGAACAUGAAGAAACAUCGUAUACACUUCGUAUCGGUAGUCUUAUACUUCAUAAUAUCGGUCAACUGCUACCUCAUCAAUUACAAUCAGCUGUAUUUCAUAAUCGAAAUUUUAUUUAUCCAGUUGGAUAUACUGUAACACGAUUUUAUUGGUCAAUGCGUCGUCCAAAUCGUCGUUGUGCAUAUAACUGUUCAAUAAUUGAUGUUAAUAAUAAACCAAUGUUUCGAAUACGUAUACAAGAAAAUGAAGAUGAACCAGCACAAGAAUUUCUUGAAUCAAGUGCUAAAUUAGUUUGGCAUAAAAUUGUCGAUGCAAUUGAUUCUCUAAGACGACAACAUGGUCUUGUAAAAAUGUUUUCAGUAUUUGUCAGUGGUGAAGAUUUAUAUGGACUUACUGAACCACAUAUUAUACGUUUAAUUGAAUCAUUACCAGGAGUUGAAAUGUUACAAAAUUAUGCUUUUAAAUAUGGUCGAUUACAAUUACUUGAUAUGCCAUUAACACUUAAUCCAACAGGUUGUGCAAGAAGUGAACCAAAAUUACAAACUCAUUUUCGACGACACGCACAAACAUUAACAAGUUCACAUUCAACUCGAAGUGCUUUACCGAGAACUGUACUCGGAGUUGAAGGUACUCAAAUUCCAUAUGUCAAACAUUUUGUUUUAUCAAAGUCAACUCAAUAUCGAAAAUUAAAAAGUGAAUGGCGUCAAAACGUAUUUCUAGCUAAAUCACGUAUUCAGGGCUUAGGUUUAUUUGCUGGACGUGAUCUUGAAAAACAUACAAUGGUUAUUGAAUAUAUUGGUGAAUUAAUACGUAAUGAAGUUGCCAAUAAACGAGAAAAAUUAUAUGAACAACAAAACCGUGGAAUAUAUAUGUUUCGAUUAGAUGAAGAAUAUGUUGUUGAUGCAACAAUGAGUGGUUGUUUAGCACGUUAUAUAAAUCAUUCAUGCGAGCCAAAUUCAAUUGCUGAAGUUGUGCAAAUAGAAAAAGAUAGCAAAAUCAUAAUUAUAACUAAUCGACGUAUUGCAAAAGGUGAAGAAAUAAUGUAUGAUUAUAAAUUUGAUUUUGAAGAAGAUUCAAAAAUUCCGUGUUUAUGCGGUGCAGCUAAUUGUCGAAAAUGGAUGAAUUAA